AUGAGCUCAGUUGCUGGUAAGCAGAAGCUUAACGCUCUUUCGGCAAGGUUGAUUGCCCUUGCGGAAAAAUGGAGACCCAUCACUUUGAAGGGGGUACCCAUUCCUGUUACGAAUACCAAGCUGGUUAAGGGACAGCCCGAGGAGAUGUACAUCUUGUCGAUGUUCCCCUACCCGUCGGGGACAUUACACAUGGGUCAUUUGAGGGUGUACGUGAUCAGCGACUGUUUGAACAGAUUUUACCAAAUGAGAGGUCACAAAGUGAUCCAUCCGAUGGGGUGGGAUGCCUUCGGACUGCCUGCUGAAAAUGCCGCCAUCGAGAGGAAAGUAAACCCGCAUGUGUGGACCGACUCCAACAUUGGGAAAAUGAAGGCGCAGAUGGACAACAUGCUUGCCAAUUUCUCAUGGGAUAGAGAAAUUAAGACUUGCAGCCCGGAAUACUACAAAUUUACGCAGUGGAUCUUUUUGAAGAUGUACGAAAAGGGACUUGCAUACCAGAAGGAGGCCGAGAUUAAUUGGGACCCGGUGGAUAAGACUGUUUUAGCAAACGAACAAGUCGACGAGAUGGGCCGAUCCUGGAGGUCCGGUGCCGUUGUGGAAAAGAGAAUGCUGAAACAGUGGUUUCUAGGAAUCACACAGUAUAGGGACACUCUGCGGGACGAUUUGAAAAAGUUGAGCCACUGGCCUCAAAAGGUGAAAACCAUGCAAGAGAAUUGGAUCGGUAAGUCCACCGGUGCAGAAAUAUCUUUUGGAACGAGCGACCCAGAGUUCCCUGAAAUAUCUGUCUUCACAACAAGAGCAGAGACCAUAUUUGCCGUUCAAUACAUAGCAUUAUCAGUGAAUCACCCAAUAGUACAAAAAUAUGCGUCUCAAAAUAGUGCCUUGAAGCAGUUUGUUAACGAUAUUCCAAGACUAUCCAAGGAUACUAAAGAUGGGAUGUUGAUCGACGGGAUCACAAUAAAAAAUCCGCUCACGAAAGGCGAACUGCCAGUAUUUAUAGCACCGUACGUCAUUGGGUCAUAUGGGAACUCCUCACCUAACGACCCCAAAGGCGCUGCAGUAAUGGGAUGUCCAGGCCACGAUUUCAGAGAUUUUAUAUUUUGGCAGGAAAACAUGUCACAGGGAAAACCGAUUCUAAAGUGUAUCAAGUCAGAAGUACAGGACCUCCCAGAUAUGGAUCCCUCUAUACUGAACCCUACACCUUACACGUUGCCAUUAGGUGUCAUGACGGAGGAAACAGGAAUUUUUGCUGGUAAAAGGAUUGACGAGGCUAGAAAUGACGUUAUCAAAAUGUUGAAGGAACAGAAGAUCGGAAAACGCGUUACUAAAUACAGACUGCGGGAUUGGCUGAUCAGUAGACAAAGGUAUUGGGGGACGCCAAUCCCUAUAAUCCACUGUGACCAUUGUGGCACUGUCCCUGUCCCUGAGAAAGAUCUUCCUGUGCGUUUACCGGAGAUAGAUUCACUCUCCACAAAGGGAGGCAACCCACUAGAACACAUCCCAGAAUUUGUAAACGUGAAAUGUCCAUCUUGUGGCCAUGGCGCUAAAAGAGAAACGGACACGAUGGAUACAUUCAUGGAUAGCUCGUGGUACUAUUUCAGAUACCUCGAUCCUGAAAAUGAAGUACUUCCAUUCGCACCCGAAAAAGCACAGAACGGCAUGCCAGUUAAUCUGUACAUUGGGGGCGUAGAACAUGCCAUUUUGCAUUUGCUGUAUUCAAGAUUUGUUAGCAAGUUUAUGGGAUCAAUUGGAAUGUGGUCAGAUAAACGUAGACUUUAUGAACCAUUUGCUCGUCUAAUCACUCAAGGUAUGGUCCAUGGGAGGACGUUUGUGGACCGACAGACUGGAAGAUUUCUAAAACCAGAAGAGGUGGAAUGGGAGGGCUCUGUGCCCAAGAUAAAGAGCACUGGACAGCCGCCGCAUAUUUCAUACGAAAAAAUGUCGAAGUCGAAAUACAAUGGCGCCGACCCCGAUUCUUGUAUUGAGGCGCAUGGACCUGACGCUACAAGAGCCCAUAUUUUGUUUCAAAGUCCGAUCGAUGAUGUCUUAAAGUGGGACGAGACUAAAAUUGUCGGUAUCGAGCGGUGGACACAAAGAAUCUUUAGAGCCGUUAACACAAUAUCCGAGUAUGAUACGAAAUUCUAUCCUGACUAUACAACCCCUGAAGAUUUGGAAGAAGGUGAGGUUGAAUUCCAUAACGCUAUGCAGAGGGCGAUUAAACAGAUUACCAACUCGUUCGAAAUGACCUUAUCUUUGAACACUGUUAUUUCAGAUUACAUGAAGAUUACCACAUUAUUUGACAACGCUCUGAUGCGUAAUAACAUUCGCAAAGAAAUACUCAUGAAAAACCUGGCGAAAUUUGUCUCAAUGCUUUACCCAGUCCUGCCGUCGAUCAGUGAGGAGGCUGCCGAAAUCAUUAAAAAAAAUCAACCAACCUUAGUUUCAUGGAACCAUUAUGCGUGGCCCAUUAGAGAACCAAUAACUGAGUGGAAGUUCAAAAGAUACCAAGUCGUUGUGAAUGGUAGAGCUAAAUUUUGGUUUGUGGCAGAAAAGGAUUUGUUCAAAAAAGGAAGAGAACAAGUCUAUGAGACUGUCUACAAUGACAAAGAGGGCAAUAAAUAUCUGAGAAACAGAAAUUACGACAAGAUGGUCUUGAAGUUCAACAUUAUCAGUUUUGUGUUCAAGAAAAGGAAAUCGGAAGAACAACUCAAAAAACCUACUGCUCAGGAAAGAGAAAUUAACCGCAACAAUGUGAUUAAAUGUGAUUAA